GUAUGCGGCAGGCGGCCGCUUCACCUGGGCCGACCUUCACGCUGCUGUUUGGAGUUUAACAGUAUGUGUGGAAGCUGUCCCCUGUGAAAAGCUAUUCUUCAAAGGCACAUUUAACCCUGAGCUGCCUCCGUCUCUCUCCAGGGCAUCCACGUAUUAGUGGUCGCACGCUGUCAACAUGCUGCUGUUGGUUGAAAUGCAAAUGCAUGUGCAAACUGAUUAUUCGUUCUUGUGGAAGUUGUUUGUGCGCAGAGGGCAAAAUAGCAGCUUUUACAUGUCUGGUGUGAGGUAACACAUGGUCUCCGGCUCCGUCUGAGAAGAUGCUGUGUUCACACCAGAUCUCAGAGCAUGACCGCUGACUUAUGGUUUAAAGUUUUUGAAGUGGAUGUGCCACUUUUUUCCUCUUCCUUUUUGCAUGAUGUGGUAACUCAGAAUCUGGGCCCUCAGACUUCACUUUGAUGCUGGUUUGAUAUCAGCGCGUGCAUCUUGAGACUGCAGGGCCGCUUCUCUUUUCAGAAUGUGCUGGGAGGAAGCGGUGCUGGCCUGGAAAGAGCCGAGUGGCUUUGAAUGAAUUUUAAUCGCAGUCAUUGCUGACGUUUUUCUUCUGUUUUCUUUGAUCUAGCACUUGGCAAAGAGUCGGUGCCGUCUGACAAAUGGCUUCAAGAUGAGAAACAAAUCUUAGUGUUCUGAUAACCGCGGCAGUUAUUAGGUGCUUUCUGUUACAAGUCUUUGCAUUACAAUUACAUCACUGCCCUAUUUACCAAUAUAUAGUCUCGCCAGACGUUUGCUGCGUAACCGUCUCUUCAAACUGGCUCCGAUCAGCCUUCCUUUUAUUCCUCAGGACCCCGAGGACCUUCUGCAGGUGUCCAGUGUUGUGGCCUUCACUGUGCAUCCUGCUCUGGAGGCUUUUUUUGUAGGACCGGUGCUUUUCACACCCAGCUUCACUUUUCUCUGUUUCUGCUACAGUAGGACUGUGGGACCUGGUGCAGGUGUCCAAGCUGCCCCGGUUUGCUACCGUACAUUGUCCUCAUUGCUGCUGAUGCUGUUGUGAACUGGACCUCACGAUACAACAUGUCCUCAGGCUUCUUAGACACUACCUUGAACUGAGCCAUUAAAGGAAAAUACUCCUCAUUUCUUAUUGCUUGUGUUUUCAGUAGCUUACAGCCACAGGCAUUGAGGGGUCAUACAGUAAAUUAACACACACACAGUUCACAGGAUUUACUUACAGUAGGAGAAGUACUGGUCUUAUUAUGGAACUGCAAGAACUGAACAGUUGUAGUUCACAGCUAAAACGUAUAUCGUCACCCCACGGUAUGGUUUCUUCAUGAGUGGUUUCAAUUACUGGAGCUCCUACACACCCACUUCAGUAGCGCCUAUACAGCACAAUCACCAAAAAGACGCUUCCAGCUUCUAGUGGGACUGUUGGUGGAUUUAAUAUAAUCAGUGGAGUAUCUGUGCAGGCUGUUCCAUUAGACGACGAUGGUGACAGCUACGGUGCUGCAGAACAUGACCCGCGAGCCACAGGGCCACGGCCUCCUGUUAACCGUAUUGUGAUUGUGUGUUUGCCACGUCCCCAGAGGGGCGCUGACCUACAACUGACUGUAGUAUCGGCUCUGGCUCGGAGCCCACAGAGCUGUCAGCCUCACGCCGAGGGCUAAGAGGAGACAGAGGACAUAAGCAUUACAGGGGAGAUCAAGGAUAACAGGCAGGGACGGACGUAGACUCCUUUUUUCUGCCUCUAUUAUGUUGGAAGAGGCUGAACUGCACUGAACUGUGUGGGUCUGAGACGACCUUAUACUUUUACUCCAUGUUCCUGCCUGUAGACAGCUGUGCCUGAUACACUAUUACACAUGUGUGAUGUGUGAUGUCACAGCGCCCGGCUCUGAAUUGACUCGCGUGGGCUGAGAGAUGAAAGACAAUUUGAAAUGGCAGGUAAAAGAACGGUUAUCUGUGCUGGUGCUUCUAUUUCGAUAUUUGCAUUUUUUGACACCUGACUCUUAUGUGGGAUUUCAUUAUCAGCAAGUCAACUGUAAGCUGAGGAAUUCUGAAAUAUGCAUAAUUUCUCAGCAGACAGGCUGUAGCAGACUCAGUCCUUUUGAAGGUGUCUUCCCUCCUGCUGCACAUCAGUCAUCUUAAAUGCUUGACCCACUCUAGUUUCCCUGUACCAACGGCUAAAGUCCAACCCAAAGCACAUCUACUGUAUUUUUCGCUGUAUAAGACGCACUUUUUUUCCCCAAAAGUGAAGGGGAAAAGUUGGUGCGUCUUAUACGCCGAAUGCAAAGAUCCGCGGAGAGGAGCGCGGUCACCGCCAUAGGAAGACCGCUGCUUCGGUCUAGCUCCGGAGCCGUCGGCCAUCUUGGUACCCCCGGCGGUGCGCGCUGAUGUCAUCACACCCUCUGCUCGUCGAUCCCACCGUAGCGCGGAUCGUCAGCAGCAGGUCGAGAGAAGAGAAAGGGUCCCAUGAUCUCUGCCGGUGAUGCCGAGUUCCCGCGGGACUACCACACGCUGGCUGCCGGCGGCGGCCGCGGGACCCGGCGCUUCCCCGACAACAGCAACGGGGGCUUCACGUCGUCCUCGCUGGACCGCCGCCACAACGCCGUGGCCGCCAAGAGCCUGGAGGCGCUGAACAGCAUCCACAAGGCGGACAUUGAGCGCCAGCGAGAUGCGCUGAUGGACCUGCAGAAGAACAAGUACUCCAACAGCCCUGGGAGCGUGUCGCAGGGCUCCGCCGCUGCUUCGCGACAGCAACAACCAAACUACUGGAGCUUCAAGACUCGCACGCCGCGCGUGACUCGACUCAGCCCCACGCAGCCGGCUCUCGCCGACCAGGCCAGCAGGGUUUCCUUUGCCUCGGCUGAAAACCUGGAAACCAUGUCCGAGCCCGACAUCCCCAUUGGAUUUAGUCGGAUGAACCGUCUUCGCCAGAGUCUGCCGCUGGCCAGAUCGUCCAGUCAGGCCAAGCUCCGGGCACCAGGAAUCUUGUUCCUCCAGCUUGGGGAGGAGACGCGCCGGGUGCACCUGACCCACGAGCUGACCAGCCUGGACACGCUAAGGGCCCUUAUUGUGCACAUGUUCCCCCAGAGGCUCACCAUGGCCAUGCUCAGGUCUCCCAGCACAGCUCUGCUGAUCAAAGAUGAGACCCGUAAUGUGUUUUACGAGCUGGAGGACCCGCGGGACGUUCAGGACCGGUGCGUAAUUAAGAUUUACUGCAAAGAGCCCAUCUACGGCACCUACCCCGGACACCACAACCCACACCUGGCCAACGGAGACCUGCGGAGGGAGAUGGUUUACGCGCCUCAGGACUCGCCGCCCACCCGCCGCCUCACCAACCCACCCAUGUCUUCCCAGCACUCGUCCUCCUCCGCCUCUCCUCCCCAGGGCUCGCCAUCCCGCGCUCGCCUUCUCUACAGCGGGGGCAGGCCUUCGUCCUACGCUGGGCCCCCGCACACCCACUCCCUGCCACACCCGCACCCGCACUCCCAGUCCCACCACUCCUCCCCCCACCAGCAGCCACAGCUCCACCAGCCCCACCACACCCAGCCGGCCUUCUGCACCUCCUCCAGCGCCAUCCUGGAGCGCAGGGACGUGAAACCUGAUGAUGAGGUGGGGGGAUCCAGGAGCAUGGUGCUGCUGCGAGGGGACGAUCGUGGUGGGAUUUACGCAGACCCCUACUCUCUGGGUCCGGAUACAAGCCGACUGAGUCUCGCAGGAGGCCCUCACUCCCCUCUCCCAGCCAGAGCUGACCCCUAUGGCUCCUUGUACCGCCGUGGGGGAGGAGUAGGCGCCGGAUCAGUGCGUUCACUCACCUCCUAUUCAGCAGCCGCUCUACAAGGAGAGCUGAUGGAGACUGGAGCUCUUUACAGGCCAGGAGGACCACUUUAUAAUGACGCCUACGCUGCUUCCAUGUUGGCCAUGGGGCUGCGGGUUCCACCCCCCUCCUCCCCACAGAAGAUACCGGACAUGAGGGACUCCUACGCAGGCACCAUGCCCGCUCGCGGCUCCCCCGGGAGGCAGAGUUUGAGAAGGGACUCUGUGACCUCCUCUGUGUUCGGGGACAGCCCCAAAGCCCGGGGCCCAGGUCCUGGGUUGGGUCUCACCUCUGAGCAGCUCUGCCUAAUGGCCAGCGCUGGAGGGGAGGGUGUGGGCAGCGGCGGCUAUGGUUCACCUCUGCUGGGGAACGAGACUGAGACCAGGGAGCGUAUGGAGGCCAUGGAGAAGCAGAUAGCCAGCCUGACGGGGCUGCUGCAGAGGGUUCUGAGCAGAGCACCCGAGCCAGAAAGCCCGGAGAAGAUGGAGUCAGCCAGCGACUGCUCAGGAACCGACACUGGACGAACUAAAAAAAAGACAGCAUUGACACCGUCGGCUCCUUUGGCCCUGAUGCCGCCUCCGUCCUCGGGGGCCAACCAGCCCGUGACUGUGUCCCGCCUGCAAAUGCAGCUCCACCUACAAGGCCUGCAGCACAACACCAACGCGCUGCGCAAACAGCUGUCGCAGCUGCGCAACAUGCAGCUGGAGAACCAGGACACGGUCCUGUCCCUGCUUAGACAGACAGAGUCGGAGCUCAGCCUCAUGAUGCUGGACGCCAUGCGCACUCAGGAGGACCCGCUCCAGAGACAGCGCCUCCUAGUGGAGGAGGAGAGACUGAAGUACCUCAACCAGGAGGAGCUGCUCAUCCAGCAGCUGCAUGACCUGGAGAAGUCUGUGGAGGAGCUGCAGCGGAACCUGGCCGUCAAUCACGGUCUGGUCACUGAGCAGGACGUGGAACAGAAGAGCAAAGAGCUGAGGCUGCUGGGAGAGACGCUCACUGAGCUCAAAAACCAGUUCCCCAGUCUGCAGAGUAAGAUGCGGGUGGUGCUGAGGGUGGAGGUGGAAGCUGUGAAGUUCCUGAAGGAGGAGCCUCAUCGACUGGAAGCGCUGUUGAAGCGCUGCAACACCAUGAUGGACGCGCUCAGCACACUGCGCAGUGUUUUGUAUCCCUCCUGUAUGUACAGACAAGUCACCGAAGGCGUGUGGAAGGGUCCUGAAGACCUCAUCCAAACUCCAAAGACGACAGACAUGAGUCGCAGCUCUGACCUGGACAUCCUGAACAGUCCUCCCCUCAGCCUCUCCGACCUGAGCACCGGUGCCGGCCUGGCCAACUGGAUGCCUAUGUCGGCCAGUGACGUCGACGUCUCAGGGCCCGAGCAGGACAUCCAACCUGCCAUGAGCUUCAGGAAUCGAGUUCUGGAUGAGCUGCCGGGUCGGCGCCCUGCUGAUAAGUCUGUGUCAGCCGAAGUCAGGCUGGCGGCAGAGCGGGACUGGGAGGAGAAGCGGGCCAGUUUGACCCAGUUCAGCGCCCAGGACAUCAAUCGCUUGCUGGAGGAGACCCAGGCCGAGCUGAUGAAGGCCAUUCCCGACCUCGACUUUGCUGCCAGGCACAUCAACAAACCUGCGGUGCCCCCCAAGCCCCAGAUUACCAUCCCAAUAACUUCUACAAGUGCUGCUUGUCCUGCAGCUGGAACCGUUGGCACCACGGCCUCCACUAUGACCACAACCACGCCCAGCAGCGACCAGCAGCCUGGAAAAGUCCAACUAGCUGCCCAGAAGCUAAACAGCAUGGAAGGAGUUUCCUCCCCGAGAGCUUCAGUGGAUCUAAACGUGGCUAAGUAUCGUACAGAGAAACCCUCCAAGUCUCCACCACCACCUCCUCCUCGCCGAAGUUUUCCCUCAGUGCAUGGCCUCACCACCAACCGGACCGGAGAGGUCAUCGUCACCAGCAAGAACCUGAAGAUGGAGGAGGAUGGUGACCUGCCCAAGACUCUGGUGAAGCUGAGGCGGACUCCCUGCGACAUCCCUCGACCCGCUUCCACGCCGCCUGUUAUUGCAGCGUCGGCCAUUCAGGACGAGGACGAUGAAGAGAAGAUCAUUGCUGAGCUGGAGAUAUUUCAGAGAGCUCCUGUAAAUGCUUGUAAUAAACGGUACAGCGUCCCACCCAAGGCCACGGCCGCCCCCCCCUGCAGCUCUGGGCCAAUGAGCAGAAAGAACAGCAGUAACUCUCCAGGGCCACUGAAGGGCCCCACCGUCGCAGCCAGGCUCAAACACCUGCAGCAGGGCAGCCUGGAGAGGCCCAAAGGCCGCAAGCAGAAAGAGGACGUACCCAAAGUCCAGGGCCAGCAGCAGGUAUUCCACUUCUAACAGCCCCCGAUGCCUCGUCUGCUCUCUGCUGCCACUCCAGUCGAGGUUCCCGUGACUUCUGCUGCACCAGAAAAACUGUAUAGGCCCCGCCAGCAGACGACACCACACAAAACCCAGAGGGGAGCCACCGACAGAACCCUCGUUUAUAACCAGUUCUUGAUGUGCGUCUUGACAUUUGAGUUUCUGGAUCUAACCUACAUUAGCUUGCAUAGAGAGUUUUGUCAUAAAAGUAUGUUAAUGUUUUGAUUUCUUGAAAAAGAAAUCCUGGUGGUACUUGUGACUGGUUUAAAUGAGCUUAGUCUAUUACAUCUAUUCAGAUUUGCCUACAUUGUGCCACAUCUUUUAAAAAUGCCACGGAAUGAUUUCACUUCUCAAGGUCAAUGUAAUGAUAUUUCACCAUCAUCCAGUCACAUAGCGUCUCUGAAUCCUCCUCAUCAUCUCGCCUUCUGCUCACCCAGUAAUAACCUCACGCUGCUCUCUCUCUAUUGCUCAUCCUUUAAAUCUCAAGGUUAGCAGGCGCUGCAGCUUCAGUUGGCUGAUAUUACACCAUGGAAGGUCUGCAGCCACGGGGCCCUUCCAUUAAGCCAGCUUACUUAAUGGCCUUUUAAAGCUAGGAUGCCACUGCUAGUUAUGCAGAAUGACAAGAGUGAAGCGAGAGGUCAGGCGUAAAAAGAUGCUUUUGUUGUGAAGCUCUUCAGUUUACUGUGCAAUAAACUAAUGUAAAGAAGAAGAAAAAAGUGGAGCGAUCUAACAGAAGAAGCGGUGAAGGACGCGACGAUCAGAACAUCACAAGCAGCUGCUGUCAUGGUGGUCAGUACCUUCAGGAUGCACAGCUGAGCUGACGGGUCCAGCGCCUGUAGUCAUUUUCUAUCAUAUAGGAUAAAUACACAUGAAUAUUCUAGAGGCAGAAGAAGCCCCUGAAACUUGUGCUGUACCACCAGCGCAGUGAAGCCUCCUGGUAUGUAAAUCAGCAGCUUAGUGUGAGUGAGCAGGAAGUUAAAGCUCCAUGCGGCUUAUCUGCUCCUGCAGAUGCUCCCAGCUGCCUCUGACCCGCUGUGGGAAGCAGCCCUGACCCACGAGUGGCCACGGUCGAUGAAGAAGAGCAGAAAGAGAAAUCCAUGACGCACCCAAGGGAGCGUCUUUGUAGUUACUGAGCUGCACUUGGAACCGUUUCAGGACUUCAGCUUGAUUAAUUAAUGAACUUGCCAAUUAAACAUGCAGUGCAUGAUUUAUUGGUCUAUUUACAGAUUGUUUUUCCAAACAUCCCUUAAAAGUAGCUCAUGACGCCACAUGAGCCUCUGCCUCCUAGAAACCUUCCCUUUCAUGAGCUUGGGACGGAGCAGAGAGAGCAGCGGACGCUCUUACGGCCAUUAGAACACGUCCAGCGUGGCCGAUCUGCACGUGACCCACGGAGGCGUCUCUGCCUCCGCUGGGACCAUUACCUGAAGAGCCUGAAGGCAGCAGUAUAAGCAUAGUCAUCAUGGUCCAAGGUGACCUGGAGUCGGUCAGUGCUACUCUAACAGCUGCUUUUAGACGACGGUCCAGCUGCAGGAACAGCUGACGACACCAGAACGUGAAGACGACACCCACUGCUGAGUUGGCAGUUUGACGCCGCACGUUCAUGAUUCCUCUUUAAGUCCGGGUGGCGUCUGCUUUUGUUCCUGAGAGCCACACAUGAAGCGGCGCCCCCCGAGGCUCCAAGCACCACCUUGUCAUCACAAACGCUUUCCUUAAGCUGUUGUCAGGCGUGAAUCUUCCUCCUUGUUCGCCUCGUUUCAACACGGUUACAGACGAUGCAGACGCUCAGAAGACGUGAACGUCUUCUUAGGUGCUUUUGUGCAGCCAACCGUUUCUCUAGGCGCUGCAGUCACUGCAAACAAUCCGCUGUCAUGGAAAGGCGCAGUGUCUUCUUUAUGAAGAGGCGUUUUUGCAGAGCUUAGUUCGGCUGAAUGAGGAUAAUUCUACAUUAUUACUUCAUUCUUAUUAUAAAUCUGCUCUUUGUGUCACUCAUAGUGAAGUAGAGAUGAAGAAAAGGUCAAAGUGGCAUCAGACCCGUGAGCUGCUUGUCACCAGGUCACGUACCGACAGUCUUCUGACCACAGCAGACAAAGCCAGCGAGGCACUUUAUUCAUUACCCUGGACCUGAGCUCCAGUCAUGUAACUGUGCAGUGCCGGUCCCACCGUCGGGCGGCGCUGGCACCACUGGGUGUCCUGGUACGUGGUUGUGUUUCACCACUGUGGGGAUUAAAGCCAGACUCGGUCCGUUGGGUGGAAACGUUUCCAGAACUUAACAAAGAGAAACCGAACUGUCCUCAUCGGUCCAUGUCUCCUCUGCCUCCACCUUUGUCCUGUCCUUUACUCUGUCCUUGUUUGCUCCUCUUUCCUUGUCUUCUGUGUUUCCUUUCCUCGUCUUGUUCUUCCAUCCUCUCAUGCCACCUUCAGUAUCUGCCCUGUUCUCUGUAUCUCUUUGCUCCUCUCAUUUCCUGCUUGUUCCUUCUUUCCUUGCUUCCACUGCUACUACCUCUAUGUCCUUCUCUCUGUCAUUUCCUGUCCUCCCCCAUCUUCUUCUCUUCCUCUUCCUGCGUCACUCUGAGGAAGAAAAGCUGAUUUCCAGUCCCAGAGCUGUGACAGCAGAGCAGCUCUGUGAUCACGGCAUCGUUUCUGCUCGUCUGCAGCUCAGCGACAGACACACACUCUCUACCCGUCUCUCAUCUACCCACAAACACGAGGAGCGGCACGCCGCUGCAGCAAAGCUGCCAUCCAAUCAGGAGGUGGUAGCACAGAGGCCAGAGAAAUGCUCAGAUAACGCCUUAUAACUUGAAAUACAUUUGUCUGUUGGUAGAUUUUGAUUUUUGUCUUUUUUUCUUUUCUCCCCCCUCCCCCUUUCACUGCUUCUCGUUUCCAUUCAAAAACGUUCCCACCCUGUUUCUUUGACCUUUCGUUGCUCCUGGUUUCUCCCUCUGUGCUUGCUAUGGCAGCAGAGAUAAGCUGUCGUCACCGGCCGCUGCAGAAACGCUGCUGACAUUUUGUCCCGUCAUUGGUCUGUGAGCUGGUCUUCCUUCUUUCCUUCCUUCCUUUCCUCCCUCACUUGCUUUGCUGCCUUCAUUCUGUCUGCUUCUCAGGUCCGUCAGGUCUCAGCUGGACUAAUUACGUGAGGAGUGAGUACUCGGAUCAUUCUGGUGUUGGACUCCUAAAUCCUAGUUCAGGCCAUGAAGGCAAGACUUUUUAAUGUAAAGAGUUUGUCUGUGACUUUAAAGGAACAAUACGUAGGACUGACACAAGCAGCAGGAGCUGUUGCUGCGUGUUGUCCUUGUUACUAGGUGAAGAGUAUUAACCAUUAGCAUAAACCAGCGAGGAUGAAUGAAUCACAGUCAUCUCUCCUAGUUGCACAGUCUGCUUUGGGUCCAGACAUUUGACCUGGGUCUGACCUGACCCGAAGCAUCGCUGUCUGAGGCAUUAUUACUUUAUUGCAUGUUGUUCCUUUAAAUUCUGACAGUUCUUCUUCAUGAUGCUGAAGUUCUGCCGUUUUGAAACCCAGUCUCCUCAAAAUUACAUUACAUUAAAUUCAACUAAGCUGCAUUUAAACACAAACGCAGAGCGCAGAGCAUGCUAACACAUAAAACACCCAGAGGCCUUCACCUUUAUCCACAUCUGAGCAGCACGACCCUCCCUCCAGCUGCAGCAGGUCACUUCUGGACACAGCUUGUUUAUUUUCUACUCGAAUGUAGGAAGGUUUAGGUUCAGGUGACUGCAGGAGUCGGCUUCUGUGUAAAGAUUAGGAGGUAGCUUUGGACCUGCAGGUUGUCACAAGACUCUAACACACACACUGCAAAUCCAUCGUCAAUCCACCAUCUUCUAACAGGGCGCUGCUGUCUUUCUUUAACAUGUACAAGAUUAUUGGAGGUUUUUGCACAUUUUAAAAAGCUUUUUACAAUAUUUUCAGCAACAUGCAGUUUGUCAGAAAAAAUGUCUCAACUGUUCUUGACUAGAGUGAGAAGGUUUAAACAGACUACACAUUCAGCCACGUUGAGACCAGAUGAGGAGAAAACAUGGAGAAGUGAAUAAUGACGCUUGUUUUAAAUCACUGGACUGACAGUAAUUACAUAAAAAACUAGUAAAGUCAAAAGGCAAAUCAGGAUGUUUUGGGUUUUUGACAAUCGUUGACGUUAAACUUACCAGAACAGUAAUGAGUGCGUUGAUGGGCUGACGUGUGUCUGAACACUGCAGUCGUCACCGCAGGGUGGUAUCUGUGUGGAUCUGUUGCUCCUCUGUAAUAACCCGUAUUCAUUUCAGUUUAGAAGUCUUUACGGAGGUGAACCAGUGUUUGGACUGAAAUGUUCAAAGUGUGAUGUGAAAGAAGAAGAGUCCAUCACAUGAGUCUGUCAGAGUAUUUAUAGCACAGGCAGAAGUUAAAUAGUGCGUAGUGAACACAUUUAUAGAAUGUACUAGUAGUCUGAGAUAUAAUAUAAAACAAGUAUAACCUGAUUCACCCCACAGAUAUAUGGUAUGUAUAUUAUACAAACAUUUAGUUUUUGUUUUGAAGAGAUUGUUUUAUUAACAUGUAAAAAAAGAAGCAUCAUCUAUGUUUUAUAGAAGCUUUUUUUGUAUUUUUAUACGUGAAGAAGAGUUCAUACGCAUGUAACACAUUCUGUAAAUUAUUUUUCUUUUACAGAUUUAUUUUUUCUGCUAACCAUGAUCACACUUUUGUUGUUGUCCAGCUGGCUGUGAUGGUCUGAUAGUAAAUAUGGAGAAGCUCUGAUAUUAUACGUACACUACCCUCACUACACUGUUGUUGGUUUCUUGAUGAAUGUGUGACUGUCCAAAUCAUUUGUGGAUGUUCAAAUCAUGUAUAUAAACCCAAAUAAUCUAUAAUGAAAUUGAUUUUAUGUGAAGUUUUCUAGUCGAACAAAAAAGGAGGAAUCCAAAACGGCAUGCAUACUGUAAACAUUCCUGGAAACCUGCACGCUGGGUCGGCACCGGCUCAUAUCUGUCAAUGAUCUGUGUCUACUCGUGAGUGUAUGAUAGAGUAAACCAACUGUACAGUAACAUAGGGUUUUGUAUUGCGUUGCCCCUUUUGUCUCCGAUGAAAGAAGAAAAACAAGUAUUCUAACUAUGAGAUCCUUCAGUUCUAACCUCUGUCUGGGAGUGAUGCUUGCUGUGUGGGUACGUGUUUGUGACUUGUGACGAAGAACGAUAUUCUAUUACCAAUUCAGUAUAACUAAAGACCAACUUAGUGCAAAACAACGCGCAGCUUUGUGUAUGGAAGGUAAACGUUGCCGCUUUGUGUGAGAAAACUGGAGGUUGCUGCUUUUGUACGUUCCUGUUGUGUUUUUGUGACAAUAAAGGUGACCCUCUUAUACACGA